AUGUGUGAAAUACUUGUUUCUAUAAAUGCUUUGAAAUCUCCAGUCGACUGGGAAAUUGUCAAAUCAUUGAAUGACAAAGUUGCCUUGGUUGAGUCUGGCGCAGUGAAAAAAUGUGGCGAAGAACGAAAAGAAGGGAGCGACCUUUGGAACUUUGUUGUAAAGAGUGGUGACACAACACCAUUAAAAAAUUCCUCGUGGCUCCGUUGGAUCGCUUGUCGGCUUGUGAUGCUUGAGAAGCGAGAGCAUGAUUUGGUGUUUCUAAAAAUGCUUGGGAAGACCGGGAAAUGUCUUGUUGAAUGUGGAGAGUUUUCACUUGGGUCUGACGUCUUCGACACAGCAACGUCUUUGUAUGACGAAGUGAUGAAAAGCGUUGUUGGAAAUCAAGAACGGCAAGACACUCGAAAAGUUGGAUGGAUGUUGUUUGUAUGGAGAAUGCAAUCUGCAUGGAAAGAGGGAAAGAUGGAGCUUGCGUGGAUGUUUUUCAAUAAAGCAAAGGAUUUGGUGAAAGACAGUAACGAAUCGAUUGAGGAUUUCUUGGUACUCAUAUAUAACAAAGUUCUUGAGAUGUACAACAUUGGAAUGUAUCAAGCGUCAAUCGAAUGGCUGAACGAAUACAUCCAAUUAUCGACAUCUGACAAGGUCAGGGUCGGAGAGGCUUUGAAGAUUGUGUCAAACUGCUACCUGCAUUUGGGUGAUGCUGAGAAGGCGGUUAGUUACAUCGAAAAGAGUCUGGAAUUUAGUAAGAACGAAGACUCUGAAAUGGUCCAUGUGAAGUGUCUGUUACUCGCAAACCCAAACUCUGCGAUCCAACCAUUCAAGUUGUUUAUCACGUCUCCUGAUGUGUCAUUUUCAAAUAAAAUUGCAAUAUGCAAAGCAGCUGGAGAUGUAAAAAAUGCUGACCUUGGGCUUUUCGGGUAUGAAACUCUCCUUUCUUCACUUUCCAAAAAAGACGUGGUCGACUCUCGUUUAUUCUUCGAGGUCUCCCAAAGCUAUUUGGAAUUUUUAUUCUCUUGCAACUCUGUUAACUACAUUUCGUCGCAGAAUCUUAUUGAGUUGGUAAUGAAGAACGUCCAAAGUGGAAAGGUGCAAUUUUUAUCAGAAGAGGUGUAUUCACUUGUUGCACUCUUAUGGGAGCGCGGUGUUUUUGAUGUGAAGAACGCCAACUUUAGAACAGGUAAUGAGUGGUUUACGUGCGCCUCGACAUUAAUGCACCUUACAAAAUGUACUGAACAUCUUGAGGAAUUAUCAAAAAACAUUUCAAUUUGCAGCUAUGAGUUGCACAACUACACCGAAGCAACAUCGUCAGCAAAAAACUCCAUUGAAGGUGGUUGUACUGACCUAAAACCAGAUUUUAUUUUGUUUUCAAGUCUCCUUCAUCUGCACGAUCCCGAGGGUGCAUCAAGUGCAUUAUCUUCCACGCUCCGUCGAGCAAGUUCGAACGACGACAAAGUCAAAUACCUUGAGGCAUGUUGUGGGGUUUGCGAAGAACAAAACGAGGAAUCCAUCCUCGUAAAAUGUCUCAGAGAAAUGUUUGCGUCACUUCCAGGAAACAGUGCCGCUGGAACCACGGUGGUUGUCUUCAAACAACUUCUUAAACGUGAAUGUUCGGUUGGUUUGCUGAAAAGGUUUUCCGAAAUGCUCCAAGGUGAUAGCGCUGGUGUUGUUGGUGAAGAGACUGGAGACGUAGAGUGGUGUCUUGCCUUUCUUUUCAACACGGGAAAAGCUAGUUACACUUCAAACUCGUUGUUGUUGUGUUGCUGGUGCUUUUUUGUUUACAAUGAACUAUCAAAGUGUUUCCAACCAUACAGCGAGUUAUACGAAAACAGAAUAUUGGCAUGUCUGAUGGGUGCCGCUUGUGGGUCAGAGAGUGUCGGGAAAGAAGUGUCCGAUCAAAUUAUGGUGAUGUCAAAAGAAGCAAAAGAAUGCCUUGAAAAAUUGAGAAUAAAAGGUUCAUCAAGUAACAACCCAAUUGACAAACUGGAGACCACUUGCAACACCGUUGGAGUCAAGGUAGCACUUUCUUUAGGAAACGGAGUCGAGGGAGCCGUUUCUUCGUUGAUACAGAGUGGAGCAAACCCUUCAGUUCUCGAACUUGUUGGGAUGAGUUGUGUUUCGGCUGGGAAAACGAGUGAAGGGAUAAAGUGUCUCGAAACCGCAAUCACACAGACGUGCAAAGAACCUGAAUUGAACGCAAAGCGAUUCGCAAGAGUGAUAAGAGAGAUUGUGAGUAAUUCGCCCGACGAAAAUGCGUUGAACACAAUAAAAAAAGCCCUCACUGUUAUGAAAAGUGUUGGCGAAAAUUACCCACCAACAGAAAUCGAGUGGCUCAUGGCCACGUCGUGGAACAAAGGAAAUAGGUCUCGGUAUUCCCAUGACUUUGGUAGGGCGGAGAGUUGGUUUACAACAGCACUGGACAUAUCGAUAUUUGUUAAAAACAAAGACGAUACCAAGAAAAUGAUGAACGAAGAGUAUCAAAAGUUCCACUCCAUUAAAGUUUAA